ACCCUGCUCUGUAAAACUGAGAAAAACAGAGAAUUUUAUUUUCAAUUAUACAAAUCGCAACGUAAACAGCCGGAAAAUGUCGCGACAAGCCACCCGUUUGGACGCCAAGAAAGUGUAAGUGUGUGUGUGUGUGUUGAGGGCUUGAGGUUGAGACACGACACAGAAAGGCACAAACCGCCGAGCAAUCGGGCAAUGGAAAACCAUUUCAGCGCCACCAGCCGCCCCUCAGCCACGCCUAGAAUGUGCACCACCGCCUCCGCCGUCGGUGCCGCCGCCGCCACCUCCAACAACAGCAAUAGCAGCAGCAAUAACAACAACAGCGCAACAACCGGCAACAAUUUGAGUGUAAACACAGCGGCCGGAGGAGCCACAAAUGCCGCAGCAACGGCCCAACCCAUCCAAGUAAUACCCAUGCCCAUGCUGCCCACCGGAGCGGCCCAAAUCAUAAUUGGCCAGCAGCCACAGGGUCAGACAACGGCGACGGGCCUGCAGCCUCAAUUGAUACCGCUGCAGGCCAACCAGAUAAUGCUGCAGGCUGCGCAACAGCAGCCACAGAUGCAGGUGAUGCAGCUGCCCGAUGGCCAGACCAUAUUCUAUCAGACGCCCACCAUUGCCGCCUUGGAUCCGAAUGCAGCGGCCAAUGCUGCAGCUGCCAUGGCAGCCCAGCCGACGCCCCACUACCUCAACAUUAACGGGCAGCUGGUGCAAAUUAAUCCGGCACCCAGCGCUAAUCAGGCGGCGCCCACAGCUGGGCAACAGAUCAUCAUGGUGCCGCAGACAGCGAUGGCAGCGGUGAAUGCAGCGGCCGCCAAUGCCGGAGUAGCCACCGGAGUGGGUACAGUGGUUGCCCAACAGCAGCAGCAACAGCAUCAGCAGCAAGUACAAUCCCAGACCCAAAACCAGCAGCAGCAGCAACAGCAGACGGCGGCGGCGGUGGCAGCCAGUGCUGCAGUCAAUAAUAUAAGCGCCGAUGUUAGCACAAGUACGACUGGAACGAAUACGAACAGCGAGGACGAGAGCUCCAAGGGCGAGGCGGAUGAGGAGCCGCUUUAUGUGAAUGCCAAGCAGUACAAACGUAUCCUCAUUCGGCGGCAGGCCAGAGCCAAGCUGGAGUCACGCAUACCCAAGGAGCGCUGCAAGUAUCUGCACGAAUCUCGCCAUCGCCACGCCAUGAAUCGAGCACGUGGCGAGGGUGGUCGCUUCCAUUCGGCGCAGGAGAAGGGCGAUAUGGACUCGUCCGGGCCGGAAGGCGGCAGCAUGCCAAUGACGCCCAGUGGCGGCGUCACCCUUAGUCGAGGCACGGCCCGCGCUCCACCGAAACUGAUCGCGCCACAUCAAACGCCAAGCAUUACCAUAACGGCGAUCAAAUCGGAAUAGUCGCCUCCUAGAUGUAGAUACAAACUAGACUAGAUCGUAGUUUUUAGUGCUAAGCCAAACGCUCUGUGUCCUCUUGUCCUCAAACACACCACUUUGGUCGGCUCACAUGGUUCAUUUCAAAAUUAGGCCUUCUCGCAUAUUAUUUUCAAAGUGUAACUUUAUUACAUUAUUAGUUCUUCUAUUUUUUGUCAUUUACUUAUAUUGGAAAAGGGAAAAUUUCAAGUUGAAAAUUAAUUGUAAUUGUAAUUGUAAUUACUUAUUAUAUUCAUUAUCUAAAUCGUAUAUACUACCAAAUAUUUAUUUAAUUUUUUCGAACUCAUGCACUUAUUUUCUCUUGGCCAGCUGUUGAAUAUUGUUUGAAAUAUGUAAUUAUUUACUAAAGAAAUUAGUUUAUUUACUAGACAUCAAAAUUUACACAAAUAAGGCAAUGACUAAUAUAGGUUUCAUAAUUCAUUUUAAAUUGGAAUGGGGAAAUGGCUUCAGUAAUCACCGACAACCGAGCUAAACAAUAGAAAUUCAACAAUGAAAACGUACGCAAAAUUCAAUUACCAUUGAGGACAUAAGAAUGCAAUCAAUAUGACGCAUAAUAAAUACAGCACACUGUUUAUAAAUUUAAAAA